CUUGGUAUUCUCCAGACAGCCAUAAGCAUUUUUCAGGUGGGGUGUCAUUUGUCAACAUCAAUUUCACAUCCUCCAAAAUCCAACAAUACAUUAAACAAGCCACAGAUCCCAUCUCUCUCGACCUCUCCACUCCAUACCUUCCAAAACAGAAAGGGAGAUGUCAGCUGCUAUUGGAACUUCAUCAGCAUCCAAAGAUAAUAUGGGAUUCAACAAUGGAGUCGAAAUUGAAGAGCUUAUGAAGAAGAAGAUCAAGAACUUGAAGGCCACUGGCAAUGAAGUUGAGGAAGAAGAAGAGGAGGAUGAAGAGGAAGAGGAAGAGCAAGAGCAAGAGAGUGAUUCCAAGCUCAUCAAGAGUGUGAAACAAUUGGAUAUUGGCCCUCAAGUUUCUUUCAAGGAGCAUCUUGAAAAAGACAAGGAUGAUGACAGCUUAAGAAGAUGGAAAGAGCAGCUCCUUGGAAGAAUUGACUUAGCUUCUGUUGGAGAAAGCAAAGAAGCAGAAGUAAAGAAAAUAAAUCUGAGAAUCUCAAGUCCAGGGAGGGAAGAUGUAGUGUUGCCAAUUUCAUCAAUUACCAAAUCAAAGAGAACUCUUUUUACUCUCAAGGAAGGAAGCCAUUAUCGUCUCUUUUUAUCCUUUACCGUUUCCAACAAUAUCGUCUCUGGCCUCAAGUAUAUCACUACUGUUUGGAAGACAGGCGUCAGAGUGGACCAUAGAAAAGUGAUGCUGGGAACAUUCGGGCCGAGGCAAGAGCCCUAUACUUAUGAAUUGGAAGAGGAAACUACUCCUUCUGGCAUUUUUGCAAGAGGCUCCUACUUUGCUGCAUCCAAGAUGGUAGAUGAUGAUGGGAAAUGCUAUUUGGAAGUGAGCUACUAUUUUGAAAUCCAAAAGAAGUGGCCCUCACCUCCUUGAACUUCUCUUUAUCUUUGGCUUUUUUCUGCUUCUUCAUGUCUCCACUUUUGUUAUAUUAUUUAACUUCCUUUUCCUUUUAUUAUUGCUAUGUUUUUUGUAACACCUCUUCCCUAAACUAUAUAGUUUCUUUCUGCA